GUCAAAAGUUCGAACUUUGGCAGGCGCGCGAAGUUUGCUGCUGCCGCUGCGAGCUUCGAAGAGCUUCACACCACCACAAUGGGAGCCACAAAACGAAAGGCAGACGCCUCGAGCGCGCCUGCAAAAAAGGAGAAAGGCGUAUCUGGCGACCGAUCAGCGAAGCGCCCGCGCAAAUCAGACGGCGCAGUAGAGUCACCUGCGAAACCGAAGCCUGAGAAGACCGAGAGGGCUGCACCAAAAGCCAGCGUUUUCAAAGACGAGGAGGCAUCGUUCCCUCGUGGUGGCGCUAGCGUCUUGACACCGCUCGAACACAAGCAAAUUCAGAUCAAGGCGAACCAGGAUGUUCUGUUCGAGCAGACUGGCGGAAAGCGAACCGGCGGCGGCGAUCAUGAAUUCGGCGACAUGGGCUCAGAAGACGAGGGCAAGGCCACCAAGGCAGCGAAGAAGCGACCUGCGAAGAAGAGCAAGCAGUCACACGACAACGAAGAGAAGGAAGACGUCGUGAGGGCUGAGGGUCUUAACUACAAGAAGCUUGCGCUCGGCACAAUAAUCCUCGGGCAAGUCACUGAAAUCACCCACCAAGACGUUGUACUCGCCCUACCGAACAACCUCGUUGGUUACGUUCCCAUCACUGCCGUGUCUGACAAGCUCAACGAGAGGCUCGAGAAGCUGUUGAAGGAGGAAGAGGCGGAGAAAGGCGAAGACGAGGAGGAGUUCGAGGACGUCGAGUUGAGGGACAUGUUCUUCGUUGGACAGUACUUGAGGGCCUGCGUCACAUCCACAACAGACGACACAGCACGAGCACGCAAGAGGCUAGAGCUUUCGAUUGAUCCCAAGCUCGUCAAUAAGGGCGUACCGAAGCGCAAGAUCCCCACCAACUUGAUGCUGCAAGCCUCAGUACUCAGCAACGAGGACCACGGUCUGGUCAUGGAUCUCGGACUCGAGGACAUGAAGACCAAGGGCUUUUUGCCCAAGGGCGAGCUGGGCGCGAAGGUACAGCAUUCCAAGGUCCAGGAGGGGGCUGUCUUCAUGUGCCUGGUGACUGGUCUCAAUUCGGACGGAAAGAUCGUUAAGCUCUCAGCUGAUCAGACCAAGUCUGGAAACUUAAGCAAGGGCAACACUCUCACGGACGCACCUACGAUCGAUGUCUUCCUUCCCGGUACCGCAGUCGAUGUCCUUGUUGCGGACACCACAGCCAGCACGCUUACUGGCAAAAUACUCGGCCUGAUCGACGCGACUGCUGAUGCAUACCACUCUGGAGCCACAGAGAAGGGUGCGGACAUUUCACAGAAGCAUAAACUCGGCUCAAAGGUCAAAGCAAGAAUCUUAUUCACUUGCCCUGACGCAGAGCCGAAGAAGGUCGGUAUUUCGUUGGUCGACCACGUUGUUUCGCUGUCUUCUCGCAUGUCUGGAAAGCCAAAGGAGCGCAAGACACCUCUCGAGUACAUGCCAAUCUCCACAAUCGUCGAGGAAGCCAAGGUCAUCAAGGUAGCUCCGAGGCUGGGUGCCUUCUUUGAACUCGGAGUUCGCGAUGUCAUCGGCUUCGCACACGUUUCUCGUCUCUCGGACGACCGUGUCGAAGUGCUCUCCGAGGAUGCAGGUGCCUACAAGCUCGACACGAAACACCGUGCUCGUGUCAUUGGCUACAACGCGAUCGAUGGCUUGUUCCAGCUGUCGCUAGAGAAGAAGGUUCUGGACCAGGCUUUCUUGCGAAUCGAGGAUAUCAAGGCUGGUCAGGUCGUCAAAGGCAAGGUCCACAAGCUCAUUGCUGACAAGAAGGGCGCUGCUGCCGUUCUUGUCAACCUUUCUGAGGGCAUCACAGGUCUUGUCUCUGAGCUGCAUCUUGCAGACGUGAAGCUCCAGCACCCAGAGCGCAAAUUCAGGGAAGGCGUACCGGUCACCGCGCGCGUUCUGUACACCGACCCAGCGAGACACCAGAUCCAGCUUACCCUAAAGAAGUCGCUUGUCAAUUCCGAUAUCGAGCCCUGGACAGACUACUCGAAGGUCAAGGAGGGUGGCACAGGACCUGGUAUCCUUGUCGACGUUCGCCGCAACGGUGCUACGGUCCGCUUCUAUGGAGAUGUGAAGGCCUGGCUUCCUGUAGCUGAGAUGAGUGAAGCGUACAUCGAGGAUGCUGGUCGGCACUUCACCAAGGGCCAGGUCGUCAAUGUUCGUGUGUUGUCCGUUGAUCCUGUAGAGCGUCAGCUGCUCGUUUCUUGCAAGGAUCCCGCUGCCGUUGAUACCAACAAGGAGGCUGCAUUCAGUGCAUUGAAUCCCGGAGACGUUACCAAGGGCACAGUGGUCGACAAGACUGAUGAGUUGGCAACACUCGACAUGGGCAACGGCGUCAAGGGCCUUCUCCGUAUUGGCCACCUGACUGAUGGCUCCGAGAAGAAAGACAUCUCCACAAUGAAGAAGAUUCGCGUUGGCGGUGUACUGGAAGACCUCGUCAUUCUGAACAAGCAGCACAAGUCUAAGAGCGUCACUGUCUCGAACAAGCCUAGUCUGCGUAAGGCUGCGCAGUCAGGCAAACUCGUCACCAGCUUUACGAACAUCAAGGCUGGCGCAACCGUCUACGGCUUCGUACGAGGAAUUCUGCCUGACAAGGUGUUCGUCGAGCUCGGCAACAACAUCAGCGGUGCUGCCUUCAAGUCGCAGCUUACUGAUGACAUGCUCCGAUCACCCAACUUCGGCCUACGCAAGGAUCAGACCGUGACCGCCAAGGUCACCCACGUGGACGAGACGAAGGAGCUGUUCUGGCUGUCGAUGAAGGCCGAUGCCGAUGUUGACAUGGAUAGCGCCUCGAAAGUCAUAGAGCUGGCCGGUGAGGCUUUGGUCGACCCCAUCGACCCUAAGAUCACUUCCACGGCCGACAUUAAGUUUGGCGUUACAGCAAACGUCCGCAUCAGGUCCAUCAAAAACACACAGCUGAACGUAGCUCUCGGCGAGAAUGUACAAGGGCGUAUUUCCGUUGCUGAGAUUUUCGACUCAUGGGAUGAUAUCAAGGACAAGAAGAACCCGUUGGCGCAGUUCGAGAUGAACGAUACCAUCAAGGCCAAGGUCCUCGGCCGACACGAUGCUCGCAACCACCGCUUCCUUCCCAUCACACAUCGAUCCAGCAACAAGACACCCACCUACGAGCUGACUGCCAAAAAGGAGAAGCUAUCCAGCGAGUCUGACGUUUUGAGCCUCGAGAAGAUCUCUCCCGAUGCCACACUCGUUGCCUUCGUCAACAACAUUGCGGAUCGCUUCGUCUGGGUUAAUAUCUCGGCCAACGUUCGCGGACGUAUUGAUUUCCUGGACCUUACUGAUGACCUGGAGAAGCUCUCUGAUAUCGAGAACAACUUCCCAGUCGGCUCUGCUCUUAAGGUCCGGGUCAAGUCGGUCGAUGUCGCCGCUGGGCGUCUGGAUUUGACAGCAGCGUCCUCGGUGACUGGCAACAAGCUUGCGCUGAAAGACCUAAAAGUGGGCUACGUUCUGCCAGCUCGUGUUACCAAGACACACGACACAUCCAUCGUCGUCAAGAUCAGUGAGGAUAUCGCCGCACCUAUUUACCUCGAGCAGCUCGCGGAUGAUUACGACAAGGCCAAGCCUUCAGAGUUCAAGACUGGCGAUGUGCUCCGUGUAUGCAUCGUUGACAUCGACAUCCCGAACAAGAAACUCGGAUUGUCAGCUAGGCCAUCGAAGGUUCUCAGCUCUUCCCUGCCCAUCAAGGACCCCGAGAUCAAGGACAGGUCUGACCUGAAGAUCAACCAGGUCAUUCGUGGCUUCAUCAAGCAGAUCACGGACAACGGUGUCUACGUGCGCCUUGGCCCCAAGGUCGAAGCCUACGUCCGUAUCAGUGAACUAUCGGAUGCCUACAUCAAGGACUGGAAGGCUGCUUUCCAAGUCGAUCAGCUCGUCACUGGAAAGGUCAUCUCAAACAAGGAUAACAUGCGCAACCCUCAGUUGAGCUUGAAGGUUUCCGUCAUUCAGGGCGAGUACAGUGAGCCUAUCGGCUGGACUGACAUCGAGGCUGGUCAGAUCGUGACUGCCAAGGUCCGCCACGUUGAGGACUACGGUGUCUUCCUGCUCGUCGACAAGUCGAACAAUAUCAGCGGUCUUUGCCACAUCUCUCAAUUGGCGGACACACAAGUCGACAAGGAGAAGGUCAAGGAAAUGUACAAGAAGGACGAUGUUGUCAAAGCUAAGGUUCUGAACGUUGACCCUAAGAAGAGAAAGAUUGGAUUUACGCUGAAAUAUUCUGAGAUCAAGGGUGAAUGCGAUGAGGAUGAGGAUAUGGAAGAUGCAUCUGACGUUGAGGCUGAUGAUGACUCGGCGAUGGAAGAUGGUGGCAUCGAGCUCGACGAUGACGUUGACAUGAGGAGUGUCAAGAGCGCAGGCAGCGACGAGGAAGACGCUGCACAGGAUGACUCCGAGGACGACUCGGAUGCGGAGCCUGUCAAGGCUUCAGGUCCUGGCCUGAGCGCAGCUGGUUUCGAUUGGACAGGCGCGAACCUUGACUUCGAAGAGAAGGCAGCAUCUGACGACGAGUCGGACGAUGAGCCCAGCACAAAGAAGAAGAAGAAGAGCAAGAAGGCCACCAUCAAGGAAGACCGCACCGGCGAUCUUGAUGCACUCGGUCCUCGGUCUAUCGCAGACUACGAGCGUCUUCUCCUCGGUCAGCCUAACAGCUCUGAGCUGUGGGUGCGGUACAUGAUGUUCCAGCGCGAGCUGAACGAGAUCGAGAAGGCACGUCAGAUCGCUCGCCGAGCGCUCUCCACCAUCAACCCUCGUGAGGACCAGGAGAAGCUCAACGUCUGGACCGCUCUACUGCAUCUCGAGAACGAUUUCGCCAGCGACGAGGUAGCAGAGUCCACCUUCAAGGAGGCAUGCCAACAGCAAGAUGACCGUGAGAUGCACGAGCGCAUGAUCAAGAUCUACAUCUCAUCCAGCAAGCUCGACAAGGCAGACACGCUCUACCAAGCCAUGACAAAGAAGAAGGCCUUCACCGCCGAUCCCGAAUUCUGGCACGGUUACGCAAGCUUCCUAAUGGACACACUCUCGCCUCCCUCCCCAACACGCGCCCGCACCCUCCUGCAGCGUGCCACGCAAUCCGUCCCUAGCGCGCAACACCGCUACCUAACACAGAAGUUCGCUGCUCUGGAAUUCAAGAGCGAAAACGGCGACGCAGAGCGCGGCCGGACCAUCUUCGAGGGCCUCGUCAGCACAUACCCCAAGAAGGGCGACGUGUGGGAUGUUUACAUUGAUUUAGAGAGGAGCCAUGGUACCGAUGAGCAGGUCAGGGCGCUAUAUGAGCGUGCGGCUAAGGCGGGUGGAAAGAGCAAGCGUAUUACUACUGUAUACAAAAAAUGGGCAGAAUGGGAGAGCAGCAACGGCAAUGCCAAGGGCGUCGAGCGCGUAAAGGCGCUCGCAGAGCAGUGGAGAGAGGAGAAGGGUGCCAAGGACGAGGAGUAAAUAUAGUACAGAGAUAUGAGAUGUUGCAUUGGGCGGCGUUGCAUAUCAGGCUGAUAAAAGAAUGUUAAGUUUCUGUUCACGUUCC